GAGUUACUGAGGAAUGAUUCAAGAUUCCAACACGUAACAUAGAAAAACGGCUUUUAUAUUGUACCCCACAUUUUGCAUAAGCCACAACAGAAACAGAAACUGGUCCACAUCAUUUAUCACUCACACUUUCCUUUACUCUUCAAAACUUCAACCACAACGCAUUCUUCAACACCCUUCACUUCAUUUCUCUUCCAAGUUCCAACACUUCUCUUUUACUAUCAUGUCAGCGCCGUGUACAACGGACUUAGCUCGAGCCGCGUCAUGCCGCGACGGCGCAGCAGCGUCACACCUUAAAAUAAUCUCCCUGUUCGUCAUCUUCAUCACCAGCGCAGUCGGCAUGUCAGCUCCCGUCCUACUAGCCCGUAUUUUCCGGGGAAAACCGUUAUACGAAAGAGCGUUAGUUUUAAUAAAGUGUUUCGCGGCAGGCGUAAUCCUCUCGACUUCCCUCGUCCACGUCCUCCCAGACGCGUACGCAGCACUGGCGGACUGCCACGUGGCGUCACGCCAUCCCUGGAAGGAUUUCCCGUUCUCGGGACUGGUGACUCUCAUCGGUGCUAUUCUGGCUCUGUUCGUGGACCUCGUGGCGAGUUCGCACGUGGGGCACGUGGGACACGCGCAGUACGCGCCUGUUGUGGCGGGUGAGAAGGAAAUGAGCAUUGAAAUUGGAGGCGGUUAUGAAGUGGAGAGUGAGAGAGGGGAAGGGGAUGGGGAAGGGGAAGAAUUAGUUAGGUUGAAACAGAGAUUGGUUUCACAGGUUUUGGAAAUUGGGAUAAUAUUUCAUUCGGUUAUAAUUGGAGUGACUAUGGGUAUGUCUCAAAAUGUUUGCACUAUUCGUCCUUUAGUUGCUGCUUUGGCUUUUCAUCAAAUUUUUGAAGGGAUGGGUCUUGGUGGCUGCGUUGCUCAGGCAGGAUUUAACUAUAGAACAGUGGCGUACAUGUGCUUCAUGUUCUCAGUAACAACCCCAAUGGGGAUAAUUUUGGGGAUGGCAUUAUUCUCAUUGACAGGGUAUGAUGAUAGUAAUCCAAAUGCCUUAAUCAUAGAAGGGUUACUAGGUUCAAUAUCUUCAGGAAUUCUUAUUUACAUGGCACUUGUUGAUCUCAUAGCAGCUGAUUUCUUUCACAACAAACUUAUGAACUCUGAUCCACGCUUGAAAAAGGCUUCUUUUGUUGCCUUAACUAUGGGUUCUGCUUCUAUGUCUAUUCUAGCCCUUUGGGCUUGAAUAAUAUUUUUUGUACCUUGUAGCUCAAAUGUCAAAAAUUGGUAUUUAAAAGUAUCAACAAAGAAAAGGAAAAAGAACGCAAAUGAAAAUUGAAAUGUAAUAUCAAGGUUCUGUUUAGCCACAUA